AUUUAUUCUAUGAUGGUGGACGAAUGAGUUAAAUUUGUAAUUUUUUUAUAACGAGUAAUUAAACUAUCGUCCACAAACAUGCAGGAGUCGCAUUCGAACGAAAGCCAAAUUCAAAUCCGGCUUGUCACAAAACAAAGCGAAUAUGCAGUUCCGGAUAUUCCUCUUUCUGUACCUGCUAAUAUCGAAACCGCCGGCCUAAACGAGCUGUUAAAUCAUCUACUGAAAGAGAACAAACCAGAUUUUUUGAAGCAGAAGCAAUUUGAUUUUCUUGCCUCAGGAGAGUUGGUCAGAGUUUCCUUGAUUGAGCAUUUGCAAGAAAGGAGUGUUUCAGUCGAAACAACAGUUGAAGUCGAAUACAUUCAAGUAACCCCAGCUCCUCAACCUGAGGAUUCCAUUCUGCAUGAAGAUUGGGUUGCAGCCAUUGAAACUGCUAACCGAUGGAUGUUAAUAGGAUGUUAUGAUCAUUCUGUGUCCAUAAGAACGCCUCAUGGUAAGCCAGUGACUUCUUCAAAGGAGCAUAAGAAUAUUGUUAAAGAUGUGGCUUGGGUUGAUCAACAACAACCAUCAAAGGGUUUGGUUAGCGUUUCUCAUGAUUUAACCGGUAUUCUUUGGGCGUGGGAAGAAGGAACAGAUAAAAUAGAACCUAGGGUUAAACUAAGAGGCCACGAGAGAGGCAUCGAUACCGUCGCUGUUAGUCCUAAUUCCAACAGACUUGCUACGGGAGGUUGGGAUACCAAUUUAAAAAUAUGGUCAGCAUCUUUAGAUGGUGAUGAUAAUGGUGAACCUGCAAGUAAGAAAAAAAAAGGUCCUUCAGAUAUUUCCACCAGAACACCUAUACACACUUUAAAUGGGCAUAAGGAAUGCAUAUCUUCAAUAAAUUGGACAAAUAAUCAUGUAUUGUACAGUGCUUCUAUGGAUCAUACUAUUAAGUUUUGGGACGCUGAACUUUGUGGCAUCAAAAAUGAAAUUGUGGACCAAAAAGCCUUUCUUAGUUCAUCAUGGUCAGCUCUCUCCAACACAUUAUUGGCAAGUUCUGCAGACAGACAUAUACGUCUGUAUGACCCUAGGUCGACCGAAGGCUCUGUAUGUAAGGUUAUGUUCACAUCCCACACUUUAUGGGUCAGUUCAGUGGCAUGGUCUAAGUAUAGUGAACAUUUAUUUUUAUCGGGAAGUUAUGAUUCAACUGUAAAGAUGUGGGACACGAGAAGCCCCAAGGCUCCGCUGUACAACCUCCAAGGACAUGAAGGACAAGUUCUGGUGGUGGACUGGAGUAAUAGUAAAUAUUUGGUGUCUGGUGGCACUGAUAAUUAUAUUCAUAUAUUUAAAAAUAAACAAAUUUUUAAGUAA